AUCUUUAUUGCAAUUACAAUGGAAAACUUGUUGUAAUCUCCUCUUACAGGAAGGACUUAUUCUCUUAUUAAGAUUAUAGGAGAAGGAGAGUAUGGGACUGUGUGGCUUGUUUAAAGAGAUGAUGGAUUGUUUUAUGCUUGUAAAUUGCUGAAGCCUAAAUUUGCAGUUUGGACUAUUGAAAAAAGCAAGAAAUUCGAAGAAAGAGCCAAUCAAGAAAUACAAACUUUGAUCAAAAGCACUCAUGUUAAUGUAGUCAGAUAUGAAGAGUGGUUUUAGAUAUAAAAUUCUGGAAGAUUUGAUCGAUACAUUAUAUCCGAAUAUUGUGAAGGCGGUACUCUGUCAAAAAUGUUGGAAACUAAAGGCAGAUAAAGCGAGAAUGAUGCUUUGCAUAUUAUGAUACAAUUGGCUGAUGGAUUACAAUAUAUGCAUAAUCAAAAGAUUAUCCACAGAGACAUUAAGCCUGCUAACAUUAUGUUGAAAUAAGGAGUGCCAAAGUAUAUAGAUUUCGGAUUUGCAAAGCAUUUUGAAGAGGAGAAGGUAGAUCAAAUACAAACUGUAGAUGUAGGUUCUCCUUAAUAUAUGGCUCCUGAGUUAUUGGAAGAAAGUGGCUAUUACAAUUAAAAAGUGGAUGUAUGGGCUUUGGGAAUUAUUUUUUAUUAAUUACUUGUGGGUCAAUUUCCAUGGAAUAUAGAAUAAGCUACUUCAUAUCAGAUGAUCUUAAAUAUAAUUUUGGAUGAUGAAACAAUCUAUUUUCCACCACAGAUUCCUAUCUCAGAAAGAAUUAAAUAGACUAUCAUCUAAAUGCUAAUAAUCAAUCCUGAUGACAGAAUAGAUAGCAAUAAAUUAUGUUUGAUGUUAUAAAAUUGA